AUGGCCUCCCAGCCUGAAGAGCACAAGAAGAAGGUCAACUUGACCGACGCUUCUGGUGCUGAUGUCAAACAUGAGGAUGAUACCGCGACCGCAAUUCUCAAAAAGAAGAAGAAGCCCAACCAGCUGAUGGUCACCGAUGCCGUCAACGAUGACAACAGCAUCAUUGCCUUGUCCGAAGCUACAAUGGACGCUCUGCAAUUAUUCAGAGGUGACACAGUUCUGGUCCGAGGCAAGAAGAGAAAGGAUACCGUUCUUAUCGUCCUGGCCGAUGAGGAGCUCGAUGACGGAAGUGCCCGCAUCAACCGAGUCGUUCGCCACAACCUCCGAGUCAAGCACGGUGAUAUGAUCACCAUUCUUCCUUGCCCUGAUAUUAAAUACGCCAAGAGAAUCGCUGUCCUGCCCAUCGCGGAUACCGUCGAGGGUAUCACUGGCUCUCUCUUCGACGUUUUCCUCGCCCCUUACUUCCGUGAGGCUUACCGACCAGUCCGCCAAGGCGACCUCUUCAUAGUACGUGGUGGUAUGCGGCAGGUGGAGUUCAAGGUGGUAGAAGUCGACCCUCCGGAGUACGGUAUUGUCGCGCAAGACACAGUAAUUCACUGCGAGGGAGAUCCCAUCGAGCGAGAUGAAGAGGAAAACAACUUGAACGAGGUUGGUUAUGACGACAUUGGUGGCUGCCGCAAGCAGAUGGCUCAGAUCCGAGAAAUGGUUGAGCUGCCUCUUCGUCACCCUCAGCUGUUCAAGUCUAUUGGUAUCAAGCCUCCUCGAGGUGUCCUGCUGUAUGGUCCUCCCGGUACCGGUAAGACACUCAUGGCUCGUGCUGUUGCCAACGAGACUGGCGCCUUCUUCUUCCUCAUCAAUGGUCCCGAGAUCAUGUCCAAGAUGGCUGGUGAAUCCGAAUCCAACCUGCGAAAGGCCUUUGAGGAAGCCGAGAAGAACUCCCCGGCCAUCAUCUUCAUCGACGAAAUCGACUCAAUUGCACCCAAGCGAGAGAAGACCAAUGGUGAAGUCGAGCGCCGCGUCGUCUCCCAGCUUCUCACUCUCAUGGACGGCAUGAAGGCCCGAUCCAACGUUGUCGUCAUGGCCGCCACCAACAGACCAAACUCGAUUGACCCCGCCCUCCGACGAUUCGGCCGUUUCGAUCGUGAGGUCGACAUUGGUGUCCCUGACCCAACUGGUCGUCUUGAGAUUCUGCAAAUCCACACCAAGAACAUGAAGCUCGGCGAUGACGUUGAUCUUGAGCAGAUUGCCGCCGAGACCCACGGUUACGUCGGUUCUGAUGUGGCUGCCCUCUGUUCCGAAGCUGCCAUGCAGCAGAUCCGUGAGAAGAUGGAUCUGAUUGAUCUCGAUGAGGAUACCAUUGACGCUGAAGUCCUCGACUCUCUUGGUGUCACCAUGGAGAACUUCCGCUUUGCCCUUGGAGUUUCCAACCCCUCUGCUUUGCGCGAAGUUGCUGUUGUGGAGGUUCCCAACGUUCGCUGGGAGGACAUUGGUGGUCUUGAGGCCGUCAAGCAGGAUCUCCGAGAACAGGUCCAGUACCCCGUCGACCAUCCCGAGAAGUUCCUCAAGUUUGGUCUUUCUCCCUCUCGAGGUGUCUUGUUCUAUGGUCCUCCUGGUACUGGUAAAACUAUGUUGGCUAAGGCUGUUGCCAACGAGUGCGCCGCCAACUUUAUCUCUGUCAAAGGACCCGAAUUGCUCAGCAUGUGGUUUGGUGAAUCGGAGAGCAAUAUCCGUGACAUCUUCGACAAGGCUCGUGCCGCUGCUCCUUGCAUUGUCUUCCUUGAUGAGUUAGAUUCCAUUGCCAAGGCAAGAGGUGGCUCCGUUGGCGAUGCCGGUGGUGCUUCCGACCGUGUUGUUAACCAGCUUUUGACGGAAAUGGAUGGUAUGACUUCCAAGAAGAAUGUUUUCGUCAUUGGUGCUACCAACAGACCUGAGCAGCUUGACCCUGCUCUGUGCCGUCCUGGACGUCUCGACUCCCUCAUCUAUGUGCCCUUGCCUGAUGAGCCUGGCCGUCUGAGCAUUCUUAAGGCUCAGCUGCGCAAGACCCCCAUGUCGUCUGACAUUGAUCUGGGAUACAUUGCCAGCAAGACCAACGGUUUCUCUGGUGCCGAUCUUGGAUUCAUCACUCAGCGUGCUGUCAAGAUUGCCAUCAAGGAGGCCAUUUCCGCCGACAUCGAGCGCACCAAGGCUCGGGAGGCUGCUGGUGACGAGAUGGACAUGGAUGAGGACAGCGAAGACCCUGUUCCUGAACUGACCAAGGCUCACUUUGAGGAAGCUAUGCAAAUGGCCCGCAAGUCUGUCAGCGAUGUUGAGAUUCGGCGGUACGAGGCCUUCGCCCAGCAAAUGAAGAAUGCUGGACCUGGUGCUUUCUUCAAGUUCCCGGAGGGCGGUGCUGACGGCCAGGCCUCUGGCAACGACGGCAACGGCUUCGGUGAUGCUGGCAAUGAUGAUGAUCUCUACGACUAA